GGGCUGAGUUGCCCGUGUGUUAGGCGCCAUCUUUGAGGCUGGCAGAGAGGAAGGCAACGGCCCGAGCGGCAGCCCCGGUGAACCGAGGCGACGCAGCGGCGGCAGCGGCGGUCCCCUGGGGUUCGGUAAAGUCCCAGCUCGCCGGUAACUAGAGCCGUUCGUAGACCGCAGGGGCUGGGGAAUGGUCUCUCGCCAGGCCUGGGUCCCCUCGGUUCCCCUGAGGGGAAGCAGGCCGCAUCCCCCGCGCCCGCCGGGGCGGGCGGCCCAGGCCGCGUCGCUGAGCCCUCCCCGCCGGGGUGGCCGUGGACGCUGGGGCGGGGAAGGCCGCCGGGGCCCCUGGGGCAGUGCGCACCCCCGGGGACGGGGGUGAGGGGUUCUCCUCGGUGCCCCUGGGCUUUAGAAAGCGGGAUCUGCUUCCCCGUUGCCUGAGGUAGGCCCAAGGCAGGCCCGUCUCCCCCCGGGUACUGGGGGAGCUGCUUCCCCGUUGGCCGAGGUAGGCCCAAGGCCCCCCUCUCCCCCGGUUACAGGGCCGCGGCCCGGGUCUCUCCCGUUCCCUGCCCUUCUCUCGGCUGUUAGCCCUUCUACAGGGCCUGGCUGCGGCCGCCCCCCCCCCCCCCCCCGCCGCCUUCCAGUGGUCUCCUGCCGGCAGUGUACGUUAUUUUCAGUCAGAACCUUGUACCUGCCUUUUGUAGCAAUGCACGUAAGGGGCGGGCGUGCUGUAACGUAGUCGUCUGACAAAUUGCUCCUCUGUCCCCCAAAGGAACUGCCUUCAGGAUCUGACUAACUCUGGAUGCACCCGGUUGUCACGGUUAAUUUUUCUCCUUUAGGUUGUUUAAAACAAUCCAAUUGGGUGACGUUUGUUUUUAUUUCUUCAGAAUUGGAUCAAAGAGGUUUCUGUUUUCUUAAUUUGAUGUUUGUAAUGAAAAUGUAAAAGUGAUUUUUGCUGUUGCAGGGAUCAGUAUGUGGAGCCUACAGAAUGUUCCCAAAACUGGUGCUUUGGGGUGCACACUGCACGCCAAGAGAUUGAGCUCUGAGCCAUACUUUCAAAAUAAAAACACUGGGUUAUUUGAUUGUAAAAAAGGAGAUCUGGGGAUGGGGGAUUCUGAAAUGAUAUCAGGACUGCCACAGUGGCACAUGGUUGAAUUGGACACACAUUAAAAUGAUCAGGCUGAACAGGUAGGCUGAAAUUGCUGGAUGACCAUGUGUUUCAGGAAGAAAGCUAGUCUAGAGAAAACUUACUCUUGCUAUCACUUCUCAUCUAAAAUGGCACCCUUCCAGAUGGCUGCUUCCUGGGGAGACUUGACUCUUUUUGAGAUUUAAUAAAACAUUUCAAUGAGGAAGAUGAAUCGUCGCAGUAAAUUGCUGCCAGGCCUUGCAACGUUGGUUUCAGAAGCAGAAAAAGGAUGAGUGUCUUUUAUUUUAAGUAUGCUUGUCUCACCCAAGAGUAAGAUGUAGCAGCUUUAGCAGUCCCCUUUGUUCAGAAUCGAUUCCCGAUGCCCAUUUGGACAUCAGGGAGGAAAAGCUGGCAGACAGAGAGAACAAUAAAGAAGAGCCACCCACUAAAAAUACAGGAAAGAAGGGGUUAUGCAUUAAGAGAAAGCCACUACAUUAAAAAUAGGUGCUAUCUAAAAAUUUUUUAAGUUUUUGGGACCUGCGGGUACUGCUACACCUGCAUGUGCUGCAGUUGUGCCUGUUGCCGCUGAACAAGACGGAGAGAGCUUCCUUAGUGCAAACUGUUAAAGCAUGCGCUGUUGGCUGGAAGAAGAGCAGAGACUUCCAUUGUGUGGAACUUCAGAUUGAUGGUUCACCUGGUGUACCACAUCCUGGGGGGAGGAAGGGGGGAACCUACUUGUGGCAAUCCUGGUACUCUUCUGAGGACAUGGAGUCCUUUGUAACGUCUCCAAGCAGAGUGUUGUGUACAUUGGGCCAUGGCCAACAGCCAGGGAUCACAACUGUAAGUGCUGCAAGGGAGGGUGAAUGUUCCUGGAACAUGUCUGUGUCAGCCAUCUCCCCAGACAGCGGUUUUAGCAGUGGGAGUUUGACGUAUGUUCCCAGCUCUCAUGUGUUCUACAGCUCUUGUCAGUAGUGAUGGUGUGGCAGAGCCAGCAGGCUGGUUUUUUGGCUGGAAGAGGAGGAGUGGACUGCAAAUGUGCCUGAGUAAAGGAGAGCUGUCAAACAGAUUUGCCUUAGAUGUGGGUUGUACUGGUGCAGCUGUUGCAAAUGCAGCAAUAGUGGAUUUUGGAGAAGAUAGAGGGAUUUUUCUUCUUGAAAGUAAUGCUGUCAAAACACUUGAUGUCAGAAAUUGGGAAAAACACAUCUGUUGUAUGGAACUUCUCAGCUGACCCUCAGUAUACCUGGCACACUCCUUGCAAUGCUCAAAACGUGUGUCAGGCAGAGCAGGGCAGGGACUCACCUUGACACUUGCAUGUUGCAGCAACACUUGCAGACCACACACCCUGCGUGCUGGGCCAGGACCUAAAUGUGAUGGUACUGUUGGUAACCUGAAGCUCAGGAAGCACUUCUGGAUUUUUCUGCUGUUCAUGUGAUGUAUUGAGCUAUUUCUUUUCAGCGGAUAGGCUUAGAGCCUGUAGUGGUUCAAUGUCUCCAGGCCUGGGUGUUCCUAUUCCAUCUUUGCUUACUGAGCAGGUGCUUGGUAGGAGAAAGGACAUGAAUCUUAACUAUGGGACUCAGAUGGUCAACUACAUACUGCUAUGAAGGAACUCGGAGGUGAGAAUGCACUUAACAGAUAAACAGAGCUAUUACAAAAUUAAUGACUUUUUUUUUUUUUUCUUUUCAAAGCCAACCUUUUGCAAGUUCACGCAGAUUGUGACACUAGGGAGUUUCAAUCUAUAACAUGGCUGUACAGCAUUGUAGAAGAAAUAUUUUUCAUGGCUUUGGAGAAAGCACAACUCAAAAAUACACAUUUAACUGUUGAUACAGGGAUCCUGAACCAACCACAGACUGCUUUGACAGUGACGAUCCACUCAAUAUCUUUUGAUACAUCUUCUGCACCAGCAGAAGUCCCCUUUUAGAAAACAGGCAGCUCCCUCCUGCUGGCUUUGCAAAACUUCUGCAGUAGGAAGUGUCCUACAAGAACCAAGUUACCAUAUUGAUGUGUGGCUUUCCCUUAAUCUGCUCACCCCUGGCUUUCCAGAGUGGCGUUGUACACACAGUGCUAGGUGCCAGCUGCCGUGUUUUAGAUAUAUUUUUAAAUUAAUUAUUCAGGACUUUGAGCAUAGGAGCAUUGAGAACAGGUUAGCAGGUACUUGAGAGAUUUCCUUGCUCAUUCUGCUUAAGCCUCUCACAUUCCUCGGGAACUGCAGCAUUCAAACUAUCUUUCACAGGAUCACUUGAAGCAGGAAAUAGCUGUUCAGUGAACCUCUCUCUACCUUUUAUAUGGUAAAGUGACUAAAACAGCAGAAGGUGGAGCAGUCUCCUCCUAGGAGGGGGAAUGGCGCUAAGCUCGGCUCAUUCUGGUGGUCCCAGCUGUCUGAGGAGCGCAAGAUUCUUGCCCUGCACGUGGAGGCCAGUGGGGAACUGCAGUUCUUGGUCAACUGCUGCCAUUGGUCACGUCCUGGCUUUGCAGAGCACAUGGAAAGACUUUCAAAUCAAAGGUGUCCCUGCCGCUUUUGGACUGGGAGAUGGGUGAAAUAUCUUAGACUUGAACUGAUUUUCUACAGAGUGAUGUGCUCGGAUCUGAACGCUUUGUCUUGGCCACUUUACUAGAUCCCUGCUGUAAAGGUUGCUUUGAGGAAUUCCUUCUCCUGCAUCUCGAUGUGUCAAGCUAAAAACAAAUCCGUACUGAAGCAGUGUCUGAUCUCAUGAGUGCUGCAGUUCAGGGUUAUUUUUAGAGUAGAAAUUUUGACUGUCUUCUUCAGCUUUGGACAACAUAGCUUUCCAUUUUCAUACAGAGAACCUUGUUCUUGUACUAGCAAGAGGUUCUGUGCUUCAGAUUGGUGUGAUGGUGUGGUUUGUGUACGCGUCAUAAUGCAUUGUUCCAUAUGUAGCUGGUGGCGCCAAGUGCAAGCUAGCAGGUAAAUCAGCACCAGCUGUUUUGCAGCUGGUGUAAGUUUAACUGCAGUCGGGGUUAGAACAUGUAGUUCCUGGUGCUCUUCCUUCCUUGUCAUCUUAUUGGACUGUCUUAAUAAGUAGGGGUGUUGAUCUUUUAAUAUUUUUUUGUAAGAAAUCAAAGGUGUAAAGUAGAGGAGCCAGGGAGAUUGUCCAAGUGAUAUACUUUGUGCUGUAUAACCAAAAAUACCCAUAGGUAGGUGGAAUAAUACUUCUGUCAUACGUGCGUUGGGGUGCAAAAAAUUUUGUUUCCUCCUUGCGCUUUGAUACAGGACAAAGGCAGGUCAGCAAGCUGGAAAGUUAGACCAGGGAGUACGACUGUUUCUUCAGUACCAAGAAAGACAAGCUUGUAAAACAAAAGUAGAUGGACUUUCAUUGUACUAUUUAUCUUCCCUUAGCAAAGGUAAAUUUUAUGGCACUUGUGACAUGUUUUUCCUGACCUCUAGCUACUGCAUCUGUAAUUGUUUAUUAUUUUUUUUACAAAAUGAAUUAAAAAUCUCUUGAUACAAAAAGUUUCUGGAGAAAAAAAAGGAGUGUUUCAAGUUCUCAUCAACUUCCGUUAGAGACCUCCUGAGUGCACCAGAGUUACUCAUUUUUGCUCAGUUUCAGGGGUUAGUUCCAUUGACUUCUGUUUAGCACUCAGAUAGCCAUGUUAACUGAUAGCAGUUUAGGGAAAAAAAAGAAAGGUUUUGAGUGAACCUGUUCUAAAAUGAAAGGAUUCUAAUGGAGUUUAGAACUUUGAGGUUUUUGCAGAGUUCUUUUUGUUGGGUUUUUAAAUUUGUUUUUAAGUUUUGCUUUUUUCCUGUUCCUUAAACAAAAUCCUUUCAAAUUCUGACCAGCUGUGGAAGUCUGCUCAGGAAUAUGAAGGCAACAAAUGCUGCUGAGCUACUUGGGCAUUCAAAAGAGCUACAUCUGAGGGUUGUUGGUUUUUUUUUCCCCUCCCAAGGUGGUAGAUACAGUAAUAUUGCAUUAUACAGGUGUCUCUGACUUCCUAGGGAAAAGAAAUGCCGCCUUCUAGACUGUAUUCCUUCCAAUUUUUAUUUGAAUGCCUCUGCUCAGCAAGGUAGCAGUCCUUCAGUUGCCAACUAUUUAAGUGUUGGCUUGUGCAAACUGAAGAAAUCACGCUUGAAAUUCAAUUUAAGAAUCGAUGGUAUUGGUAACAUGUUUGGAAAGAUGUUUCUUGUCAAAUUUCUAUGUGAUGGAGCACCAGUAAUCUUUAGAAUUAGAUGCAUAGGAAGUAGUAUGACACAAAGCCUGCUUUUGAAGGUCAAAAGUGAAUAGUCCCGUCAGUACUGAAGAAGGGAGGAAAACUGUGCACUUAACUACUGUUUUAUUCCCUUUGUCAAGCAGUCUAAAAACAAUAACUAAUAUGAGAACCCAACUUCUCCUCUCUUUAUUUUAGAUUUGGGAAAAUUCCCUGCCAAAAAAAAAUAUCCUGGAAAAUUCACUAGUGUUUGUGUGAGUAAAAGGUUCUAACCUUUUAUUAUUAAUUUGUAAGAACUAUUUCAUUCAGUUUUGUCCAAAAGAGUCAGAAAUACUUUGCACAGGAAUGUGCAGCAUUUUAAUGAAAAGGGUCAGAAUCACUUCAAUUUGAACUUUAUCUGGUCUGGUUGCAGAUUUUAUGGCAUUUAGUAUCUCUAAAAAAUAAGAAUCAAAAUAUCUGAUUUUACAUUACAAAAAAAAAAAAAAAAAAAACCAAAAAAAACAAAACAAAACAAACAACCUGCUUGUGGCUAAAUAAAUCAGUUUCAGCUCUGGUGGCACCAAAAAAUCAUCAGCUGUUGAAUUGGACAUAAGCCAUCUUUUCAAACCUUCCGUGAUCUUGCAGUGAUGGAUAAUGAUGGAUAUAUGGGUUAGGGAACAGCGUAUGAUGGCAAACUUGUAGUAUUUGUUCUGAUGUAAAAAGAAAACAAAUUAUUUCCUAAAAUCAGAGUAAUGCAAAAUUAUCAGUAUCAUGCAGCCAUGCCACUUGCAAAGUGAGCAUUUCCCUGCCUCUUAAAGCUUGCUGUAUCCUUGAUCUGCUGUCUUCCUGCUGUUAAUUGAUUGCAACUCUACGUGUCUGGUCAGGGCUAAAAGUUGUUCUCGAUACGGAUGUCAUACAACAUAUACUGUGCACGCUUGUGUGUAUAGAUAUGUUUAUACUGUAUGCAUGUACAUAUGUAUGCAUAUUUGUGUGCUGGCCCCCAAAUCACUCAUGUUAUAAAACAUCAGCCUUGAAGGCAUAUUCAUCAAAAUAUUAUUGUAGAUCUUUCAUUUUUUCCAGUUCCCUCAAAAUAAGAGACUUCUAGCAAAUAGCCAAAAAUUCUAAUUUUUUACUAUCACUCUUGCUGACUUUAUUAUCACUUACUCUUGGUGUGUGUGUAUAAACACAUAUGUGUAUAUAUAUAUACAUAUUUGUGUAUUUAUACACACAAGUAUGUUUUUGCUGUACAGGUAAUAAAGAUGGGGGAAGGUUUUUGUGUUUUCUUAAUAGGUGAAGAAAACUUGAAGACCAGAAAUUGCAUCUUACUGAAUUUUAAAUUAAAAAAAAAAAAAAAAAAAAAAUUAUAAUUGCCCGGCUGUGGAAGAUGGAUCCUCAUUUUUGCAGCCACUUUGAAUCACAAGCUCAUCUUUAAAAGCAUUGGGUUUUUUUGUUGUUUUUUUGGCUUUUUGGUUUUUUUUUUUUUUUGAAGAGCUAACUACCCCUGGCUGUCUCCAGUAUGACAGUAUCCAAAUGGACUUGCUUCCUCCAUUAGUUGUAAGAUGUUUAAAAGCACAUCCUAUGUUUGAAUUGUGGAUGAGAGGUUCCCUUGGCAAUGUGAGGAGGAAAAUUCUUUCUACCCCUUUAUUAUUAAUUCACGGAUUCAGUGUUGGUUCGGCCUACAGGAGAAGUUAACUGGAAGUCUUUGAAGAUCAGUAUCUUUGCUGAAGUUAUCCAGGGUUACUUUUAAAAAGAAGAUUUCACUGUUCAAGCCAGUAGAAGAUUUUCAGGCCAAGAAAGAGUGAAACCAGCUCUUGCCAAAACUGGAGGAAGUCCCUGUUGAGUGAACCCUUAGAACCUGAACUCAUUCUAAGAAUUUGCCCAUUAUGUCUAACCAAGGAGAUGACUGCUACUUCUAUUUCUAUUCCACAUGUAACAAGGGAGACAGCUGUUCCUUCCGCCACUGUGAAGCUGCUCUGGGAAGUGAAACCGUCUGCACGCUCUGGCAGGAGGGUCGCUGUUUCAGGAAUAUCUGCAGAUUCAGACACAUGGAAAUUGAUAAAAAACGGAGUGAGAUUCCUUGCUACUGGGAGAAUCAACCAGUAGGCUGUCAAAAAGCCAACUGUGCUUUUCAUCAUGCAAAAGGACGUUAUGUUGAGGGACUCUUCUUACCACCAAGCAAAACUACACUUCCAAGUCCACCUGAGUCUGCAGAAGACGAUGUAAAAAUGGCUCAGAUAUCACUGCAGCAAAACAAACUUUCUGUCCAGUCAAAUCCCUGUCCACAACUGAGGGGGGUGAUGAAAGUGGAAAACUCUGAAAAUGUCCCAAGUCCUACACAUCCUCCAGUUGUAAUCAAUGCUGCAGAUGAUGAUGAAGAUGAUGAUGACCAGCUUUCUGAAGAAGGAGAUGAAACUAAAACACCCGUCCAGCAACCAGCGACAGAAGCCCAUAAUGGAUUGAGGAUAAUUUCCACUAGGAAAUCCAAUGCUAAUACAAAGCAAGAUGUCAACUUAAAUUUUGGAAUAAAAACACUGGAAGAAAUCAAAUUGAAGAAACUAAAGGAAAAAACAAAAAAACAAGAGGGUCCUUCAGGAGUUUCUGUUCAUCCACUCCAAUCUCUGACUGUUCCUGUGCCAGAAAAGGAAAAUGAACGGACAGUAGUGAGAACUGUGACUCUGUCUACAAAGCAAGGGGAGGAGCCUGUGAUUCGACUGAACCUUGCUGACAGACUGGGAAAACCGAAAACAUCUGUAGGUGGUAAAAGUGUCCUUCCACUAAGGCGCAACCUUGCUGAAAGGCUGGGGAAGAAGAUAGAGAUUCUGGAGAAUGCUGACAAAGCACCAAAGAGAGUUCAAGUCCCCAAGUCUCUGAAGGAGAGGCUAGGAUUACCCUCUGAACAGACCAGUACUGAGACAGAGAAGGCUGCUAAGCCAGCAGGAAAGAUCCAUGUGAAAACACUGGAGGAAAUUCGUCUUGAGAGAGCUAAUCAGAGACGAGGAGAGCCUCAAGCUAAACCCCAGACCGAAGGAUGUGGUAAAACAGAAGAUCCCAGCUUGGGGGCAAGACCUCCUGCAGUUCGCAUCAAAGCUUUCUCAGGAGCCCCGGUUGAAAAAAAACGCAAGCGAAUGGAAGACGAGAAGCAAAAACCAGAAGAGUUGCCUACCAAGGUGAAAGUUGAGAGUGAGCCCAAGAAGCAGAGCACACUUGCUCCACCUGUGCCCAGCAAAGUGCAGCUGGCAGAGUCUGCAGGUAAAGCCAAGCCAGCAGGAGAAGUGCGUAUUAAAACCUUGGAAGAAAUCAAGCAGGAGAAAGCUCUGCGAAUGCAGCAGAGUGGAGAAAAUGUGCCAGCUCCACCAGCCCAACCCGAACCUGCCCCGACAGGGAGGAGAUUGUUACGGAUCACAAAGCUAAUAGGACCUGGAAGGGAAGAAAAGAAGAUAGUGGAAUUGAAUAAGCUUUCUCCUAAAGCAGUCUCUGCACCUGCAGAGCCCUCUGAUCAGAGUGCACCUAAUGCUAAAGUUCAAGUGAAGAGCCUUGAAGAGAUUAUGAAGGAAAAGCGGCAACUGAAACGAUGCCAAGAAGAGAAACUUCAGAAGGAAGCAGCUGCUGUGCCAUCUCCUGUUGAAAAAGCAGUGAAGGAUAAAACUCCAGCAUCAGGGAAUCCUGAAUCCACCGUGGUUUCAGGGCCAUGUUCCCAAUUCAUGAAGAGGGCGUUGGUGAAACCUCCAGAACAUGGCGUUCAAAGCCCAGGAAAGGAUGCUGCUGUACCCCCAGGGAAACAGGCAGCUCAACUUCCAGAACGGAAAGCUAAAACCAAACCGAAGGCGUGCCUGAAGCCUUCUGAUGGGAAAGCCACCUGCCUGACAAAGCAGACACUGAAACGUAAAGCAGCUGAGAAUCAUCCCUCUGCUGUGGCGGCAGUGAAGCCACUGAGUACCACUGGUGGUGACACGCAGGAGCUUCCAGCUAAAAAAGCAGCUGUGGCUGUUGUUCCUGCUUUGCCAGAAGACAGCCUGGUCUCCGUACCUGGGAGAGAAAAACCCAAAACUAGUCCUGAACUGCAUAUUGGAAGCCAAGCAGACUUCAUGGCACAGUCCGAGGUCUCAAGCUCAACUUCAACUUCUUCACAAGUACCGGUGAAAACACGCCGGCUGAGCUCCACAGGGGCUGGGAAAGCACCCUUAUCCGUAGAAGAUGACUUUGAGAAACUUAUUUGGGAAAUCUCAGGAGGCAAACUGGAAGCAGAAAUUGACCUGGACCCAGGGAAGGAUGAGGAUGACCUCCUCCUGGAACUCUCUGAAAUGAUUGACAGCUGAACUGCAUAUUCUUAAGGCUUUAAAAAAAAAAAAAUUAAAACUUUAUAUUUUAUUGGAUACCCAGAGGUGAUCCUUUUUCUAGCUAAGGCUUUGCAAUGAGUCUUAAAGCACAGUUGAACUGGUAGAAAUUGGCAGUAUCUGCACUCCUUUGUCCUAAAUUUCCCUGCUGGUCAGAGUCAAGGUCCUGUGCAUCCAUUCUGUAACUAUCGGUGGUUACCUUUGACAUUAAGAGGACAAAGCACUUGUUUAUUUUGGGACAGAGAGAUGCCCAUCUGCAGACUGUGGUGGUCAUGAACUGAUGUACUGAUUCAGUGAUGCUCCGAAGGCUUAAAGCUUCCUUCCUUCCUCUCCCACCCUUGGCAAAACACCGUUCAGCGCAUUUCCAAGCUUUUUCUGACUUCUUGGACAGUUGAUAUCUAAAGCCUGGAGUUACUAUGUCAACUCUUGAGUUUUAUUUAUGUAUGUUAUCAUUUUGACUUUAAUCUUUUAGUGUAACUUAAUUAAAUGUUGGGGUGGGAGGGAGCAGAAUAGUUAAUAUUUUGGACCAAAUGUGCUGCCAGGGGUGGUGGUUGGGGUCAGUCCAUCCAGCCUCACUUGGAAUUAUCAGGGAUGAUACAAUAUCAGUGUGGAAAAGCAGCAUCUCUGCAGUACAGCUAGAAUACCCCCCUCUGAUUUUGUUGUACUGUACCAAAGCUUGGGGAGGUUUGGUGCUUUUUGCUGAUGCGAACAGGAUUCUGGGGUGGAUAGUUGGGAUUCCUCUCGCAGUCUGCAGUAAAUCGGCAAACUAAGAAUUGGUUAACUAAGAAUUGGUUUAAGUGCCUCUUGGUUCCAAGAAUUGCUCUGCUGAGCUGCUGGCUCGUCCUCUGUCGGGAAGCGGUGGCUGCUCGGACUCGUGCUCAAACACCGUCGGCUUCGUCUCACCUCCUGCCCGCUGUGCCGUGCCACCGCUGGCACCGACCCGAGGGGGAGCGUGUGCCUGGGCUGGAGAUCUUGGAACCUGGUACUGCUGCAGGACCAACCAUGCUCUUUUUGGGCAUGCCCCAGGGAUCCUCCCUUCGGUCUCCCUGGCACCCCCACCCCGCCACUGAGGCUUGAGCUCCGUGUAUGAGUACAUGCUGGAGGCUGCUGCUCUGCCACAGGUUCUACAUGCAGUCCGAAUUUGGGACCCUGAAGAAAAUAGCUGAGGCUGAGGUGUAUUGUGUACCCUGCCACCAGUUUUCCCUAGCAGGCAUAUUUUGAAUUGUUUUCUUGAAUUCUUUGGAGAACUUUAGUCUCUUCUUACUAUGAUUUGUGAAGCCGUAGGGGCCCUCAGGCAUUUGCUGCUGGCAGAGGAAAAAAAAAAAUGAGUUGUUUUGAGUUGAUUGUAAAUACUUUCUCUUUGGAAGAAAACACUUAUGUGCUUUGAUAAUCCACUGUGAUGUCUUAGUUCCUAGAGGAAAGGUUUGAAACCAAAAUUUAGGAAACUGCUGUUCUGGCUCCAGAAGGGUCACCUGGCUCCAAGCUGCCGAUCCUUUAUCCUGCUGAAGGACUUUCUCACGGUGAGACGUUACCAGCGGUGACUGGGGGAGAGAGGAAGAGUGUGCCCGAGCCUGGCGAGGAAGGCUUCCCCCCUUGGCUUCCCUCCUCUUGCUCUGUUGUCAGCCUUUGCUGCUCCCUCUGCCGGGGUGAGAUUUGGUGUAUGCCAUGGUUUCUGUAAAUAUUUUAUUCUUCCAUUUUAUAUUUGUAUUCUAUUUAAGGUAUUGUAUUAAACAUAGUCUGGCCUCCUCUGCCUUUACCGGUAGUUGAACUAUUCCACGCAACAGCGGUUAGCACUGUUUUUAAAUAAAUAUGGCACAGGAAA